AUGACAUGCAUUGCACAGGACACAGCUGACAGCUUCGUCCAUCUGGAGACUCCGAAAGGUCGAAGGCUCAUCAACACACUUCAGAGGGACAGAGGCAGCUUCAGCAACGAUGGCUUCAAGCGCGACAGCCACGAUGACAGUCUGGGUCAAGACUACCACGAGGCUGAGCGAUUUUGGGCUACUGACGGUGACUGGGCCCCUGCCAACCUCCGCGGGCUCUCAGACUCCAAGGAUAUCGAUCGAAUCCUCGAACUUGCCAUCCCACGUUCGCCCAGACUCAGGAACAUCCGACUGAGCCCCCGAGACUCUCGAGAGUCUCGCCCAUCAAAGUCGCGUCCAGCGCCGGAAACGCUACCCUCGCCCAGCCCUUCGCAGUCAAUGGAAGAGGACCCGGAUGCUGUUGCUUUCGAUGAAGCACUCGACAGGGCCCAAAAAGUCGAGCACCAAGAGCCCAACAGACGGGACGAGCCACCCCAGGCGAAGCAAGCCGACGUGCUUUCUAGACAACGACUGCCUCCUGUGCUUCUUGGUCGAAGGGACCAAGACCAGCGGGAAAUUCUGAGAUCUAUGACCAAAAGGGAGGGGGUUAGGUUUUCCGAAGCAUUUGCCGAUUUCAUCUCCUGGAAAAGACUCCUGAAAGAAAUAUCCAACCCUGAAAGCCAAAGCCCUUCGUCCGUCGAACUCCGAAUGCACCGUGGCGUCCUGGCGCUCGACAGCGCCGAUUCCAUGGCGACUUUCCUGAGUUACUCGUCCCCGGACCACAAGCAGAAGGCCAGAAACAGAAUUCUCCUGUACACUACCCUUCGGCAUGCUCCUGAGAAGGGUGCCAUUGUGCUCAAGGCAUUAUUGUCUGUCUCUCGCCUGCCCUUCUACAUGAUUGAGGAUAGCCUUGGGUUUCUAGCCUAUCAUCUUCGUCAGAUGCCACCAGCCGCGAAGCAGAACUGUGCCCAGAUGUUGGCUGAUUUGGCAAUUGAAAUUGCCCAGUAUGAAGGGAAACGUUAUGUCCGCCUAUCGCAGAGCACCAUCUACUAUAUCCUCGAUGCCAUUCCACCGACUCAGCUCGAAGAUUGGUAUUACCAACUUGUCGCCCACAAGACUCGGCUCCACAAGUACACUUUGCUGCAUUUUGCAAGUCGCUUCGCGAAGAUGCCUGCGACCAAAGACUUGUCGCUCGAUAUCGCGCAAGAUCUGUUUGGAACCAGGUCGCCAGAUAUCAACACACCACUCGGCACCAGUCUCUGCACCUCAUUAUUGAGCUUCACGGAUGAUGAUCUAUUUGCGCUUGACGAGAACCUGCCGACACCUGCCGAAAUCUUUCAAGCUCUCCUUGACUGUGGUUUGGUACCAAAUGUCAUCACCUAUACUACAAUCAUCCACAGCCUCUGCGUGAAGAAGGAUUUGCACACAGCUAUGGAAGUCUUUGGGGUCAUGAAGCAACAUGGUAUUCAGCCAGACCGUUUCACAUACUCAGUCAUGAUGAACGGCUUCAAGUCGUGUGGGGACUUUGCGACAAUGCUCCAAUACGCAUCCGACGCUCGCGCUGAAGGUUUUCAAGAUGCAGUAGUCUGGAAUGACCUGAUACACGCAGUAUUUCUGGCAUGCUUGAAGGAACCUCGCCAGCCAGGAGGAGUGCGUAGGGCUCGAUGUGCCGUAUGGGGCCCGAUGAACGCCAUCUUCUCUCGUUUCUUCAGGCCUGAGCCCCUGCGAACAUUCAUAACAGCGGAAUUCAGUGAUGUGCGCAGUUUCAUGGAAAAGCAGGGUUUCAUGCCAAGCAGGAUGCAAGGUGCUUUCCAUAACAUCCAACAGCUACCACCCCUAGAGCUCAUCCAACCCACCUCUUCAACACUGAGUCUCAUGAUCCUGGGUUUCCUCCGGCAUCUCCCGCGGCCUAACGACGUCGUUCUCUUCUAUGAUCACUUCAAGAGUUUGCUCAGAGAAGGCGAUCCCGUGGCACAAAGUAUUGUUCAGGAACAGGGGUCAAUUGUUCACGACGUCGUUUUAAGGUCCUUGAUCAAGUGGAAAGGCACGCUGAGAAUCAUGCUCAGCAUCAUCAGAGAUAUGAUGACUGAUAUCCAGCCAGCCGCGGCUGUCGCACCGCCCUCGUCACGGCAGACUUUUGGACCGCAAACCAGUGACCCAGGAUCAAACUUGGCUACAAACACUGAAGAUCCCAAUGUUAACGCCAACAUUCCAAGGUCUCCCAUCCGCCACCCUCGCCCCAGCAUCUAUACGUGGAGCAUCCUCCUCAAGGCUUACUUUUCAAAUGGCAUGACAAACGAGGCCGAACACGUCCUCAAGCUCAUGCAGCUCAACGGUGUGAAACCCAACAUUGUGACGUGGAACACACUCGCUGCAGGGUAUGCCAAGCUGGGGCACACCAAACAAGCCGUGGAUGCCAUGCGCCGCCUCGAAGGUGCGGGCUUCACCAGCGACGACUGGACCAUGCGCGCUUUCUCAUAUAUCGGCGACAAGGACAAGGCGAUCAGGCUGAUGGAGCAGAAGGUGGAAGAAAACAAGGCGGCGAUUGAGGAGGAUGAGUCGGGACAGCAACAGGUGGACGAGGAUGAAUUCGAUGAGAUCGUGCAGCAUCAAAGUGAAGCGGAGGAGAACGGAAUGGCCCUUCAUUAUGAAGGCGCGCUGGAAACCAGACAGGAAGCAGACGAGUGGCCGGCCCCUGGAAAUCCCCCUUCAACGGGCGAGGAGGAACUCACAGAGGCCGAGGCCGAGGCCGAGGCCCCUGGAAGGUCUGCAGAAGAGUCGCAGGCCAGGUCUGGCCAGGCGCCACAGGCGCCGCAGCUCCCAGAAACCCAGAAGCCUCUUGCCAAGGCACCCGCCCCGCCGAAGCCAGACCUGGGUGCAUGGGAUGCCUUCUUGUGGGACCACGCCGCGGAGCCGGAGUCCGAGGAGCAGGACGAGCCGGGGGAGUCGGCGGCUUAG